GCAGUGCUGUGCUACCCAUUCCUACUUUACAGUAAAAUAAUAAUAUGAAAACAUAAAAACCAACAACGAAAACAAAAGAUAAUAUUAUUUAAUUAUUUCAAGAUCUACUAGAGCAUACGCCGUUGAUAAGUCCAGCAGAGGUGAUUCUCUACAUGAAGAAAUGCAAUGUUUACUUAGCGGGGUGAGCGAUUGAAAUCGAGGAACUGAAUAAAACAACAACAACAACAGAAACAAAUAUACUAAAAAGGCCGCGUAAGCAAAACUUUCAGAAAGCUGCACAAGCGACGCUACAGAAGAUUAUUUUAUUAAAAUUAGCUUCAUUUCCCCAAACGAUUAAUCUUGGAAUACCCAAAAUGGAUGAAGUUAAAGUGGAUGUAAGUGGAGAAAUGAAUGUACCCAAAGAGCAACAAAAGUCUCAAUUUGAUUUCAAAAGUUUUUGGACACUGCAAAAAAUACCGAGCCCACUGGAAAUUGUACAACUAACGCGCAAAUACAUUCGGCCAUGGUCGGAGUUUAUGAACACUGCUAACUUUAAGGCUGCAGCGAGUAUGCCACGUUUGACGAGUCGAUUUAUCCGGAACAUCACAUACUUUCAAAGCAAUUACAUCUUUAUUUUUGUUAUACUGAUGAUAUACUGUCUCAUUACCUCACCUUUAAUCUUACUGGUUUUGGCUGCUGUGGGCUACGUUAGUCAUAGAAUUAAGAAGACACAAGCUCCCGUCAGUAUUUUUGGACACCAAUUAUCAACCAAUCACCAAAUAAUGGUUGUGAAUAUAGCCUCUGCUCCUAUAUUAUUUAUAGCAGGUGCAGGAGCGGCACUAUUCUGGACACUGGGGGCUUCUUGCUUUGUCAUCUCUUUGCAUGCCAUAUUCUACAAUAUCGAUGCAAUUGUAACUGAAGAGAACGAGGGAUUCCUAGCAGAAGUCGUGUAAACAAACCCCGAACAUGUAAACACUUAAUAUACAUACUAUAAAAAAAAUUCAGCCACAUGUUUAAAAAUAUUCAUUUACCAAAAUUUAAUUAUUAAUAAAUGUACAUACAUACAUUUAUCUUAAUAUAAAAACAGAUCCGGGGCCUUAACUCCUGAAUGAUAUUUUAUAAUCAUUUAAAAUAAACAAUAUGUACAAUUUUGUAUUAUGAGAGUAUGUGCAC